AUGGCUAACCUCCAUGAAGAGGUCAGAAGGGAUCUCAUUACUGCAACAGCUGCCAUUGCAGCUCUCUCCAGCUUCCUCUUUGGUCUCUGCACCAACCUCCCGGUUGCUCUGGCACCCGGUAUGGGUAUGAAUGCCUACUUCGCGUUCCAAGUCGUUGGUUACAAUGGAUCAGGCCAUAUCCCAUACGGCGUUGCCUUGACAGCCGUUUUCACCGAAGGUCUCAUCUUCGUCUUUCUAGCCAUGACUGGCAUGCGACAAUGGCUCGUGAAACUCAUCCCAGCCACCAUCAAAACAGCAACAGGAGUGGGCAUCGGUUUAUUUCUCACUGAAAUCGGAUUAUCCUACUCAGCAGGCAUCGGAGCCAUCACCGGAGGCUACAAGGCUACGCCUUUAGCUAUCGCAGGCUGCCCAAUUGAGAUGAUUGACCCUCAGACUCAAAUGUGUGAUGGUGGACUCAUGUCAAGUCCCAAGCUCUGGACAGGUAUCUUUGCAGGGGGUAUUUUGACAGCUUACCUCAUGGCUUUCCGCGUCAAAUACGCCUUCGUCAUCGGCAUUGCUCUGGUCUCUAUCGUGUCUUGGCCACGCGAGACAAGCAUCACCUACUUCCCGCAUACAGCAGAAGGAGAGUCACGUUUUGAAUUGUUCAAGAAGGUCGUGUCUUUCCAACCCAUACGACACACUCUGAACGCCCUCGAGUGGGAUGUCGGAGCCCAUGGCUCUCAGUUCGCUCUCGCACUCUUCACCUUCCUCUACGUGGAUAUCAUCGAUGCCACCGCGACAUUGUACUCUAUGGUUAAGUUCUGCGGCGUUGUUGACGCUGAAGAUGGUGAUUUCCCUCGCUCGACUAUCGCAUAUUGCUGCGAUGCCAUCUGUAUCUCCAUCAGCGCGCUUUUCGGCUGCUCUCCAGUCACCGCCUUCAUCGAAAGCGGUGCCGGCAUUGCUGAAGGAGGGCUUACUGGACUUACGUCCAUGGUGACUGGUCUCUGUUUCUUCGUCUCCGUCUUUUUUGUUCCAAUCUUUGCCUCUAUCCCACCGUGGGCGACUGGUCCUACUCUGAUUCUUGUUGGUUGCAUGAUGGCUCGACAGAUGACUCAGAUUAACUGGCGCUACAUCGGCGACACCCUUCCUUCAUUCGUCGUAAUUGCCUUUGUGCCAUUCUCAUACAGUGUCGCGUAUGGUCUUAUUGCGCGCUUCACUAACACCAUGUUCAGGGGCAUGUUCCUCUACGCCGCCAUCAAUGGAUUGGUCGGAUUAACCGUACGGCUAUCUGGCGGAAGGAUAGAGCCGCGUGAGUACGACCUCAAGGAGUACUGGACUUGGAAAGCGCCAGGAAGAAAGCCCUGGUUUGUUCGAGCUCUGCGGAACGGGGGCUGCGUCAGCAAGGAAGAUAGUGAGUCAAGCACACGGAGGUUUGACAACAAUGGCUCCGAUUGCGAAAUGUUUCGAGUGGCGUCCACCGAGCGCAAGGACGAGGGGACAGAUGUAGCUGUAACGGUGCCGAUGAGGACACUAUCAUCCUUUUCACGACGAUGA